UCCGGGGCUGCCUCAGUUUUCUGUAAUCGCUUUUCUGCUGCUGCUACCUCCAGUUAAAUAGCUAGGACACGGGAGCGAGCAGACGGCCGUGUGAGGAUAUACUUUUUUCGGUACCUUGGGAUUACCACGCGGAAUUGCAGCAUCGACGGCCAGCCGCCAGGGCCCAUGAUGUCCAGCGAAGUGCAGAGACCGGACGACAGCCCCAGCACCAGCGGGGGAAGCUCAGAUAUUGAACAAAGGGAGUCGGUACCACCUGAACAGGAGCGAGAGCAAGCACAGCCCAAAAAGAAGGAGACCAAGAUCUCGAGUAAAACCGCUGCUAAACUUUCAACUAGUGCCAAGAGGAUUCAGAAAGAGCUCGCCGAAAUAACACUAGACCCACCUCCAAACUGCAGCGCUGGCCCCAAAGGAGACAACAUCUAUGAGUGGAGGUCGACCAUCCUGGGACCCCCGGGCUCCGUGUACGAGGGAGGCGUCUUCUUCCUGGACAUCGCCUUCACGCCAGACUACCCCUUCAAACCCCCCAAGGUAACUUUUCGUACGAGGAUCUAUCACUGCAACAUCAACAGUCAGGGGGUGAUCUGUCUGGACAUCCUGAAGGACAACUGGAGCCCCGCACUCACCAUCUCCAAGGUGCUGCUGUCCAUCUGCUCCCUGCUCACAGACUGUAACCCAGCCGACCCUCUGGUGGGAAGCAUCGCCACACAGUACCUGACCAACAGAACAGAGCAUGACAGAAUAGCCAAACAAUGGACGAAGAGAUACGCCACAUAGACUACCAACUGUCCCCUCGUUUACCUCCCUAGCCCCUCACUGUACCUCUCUCUACCUCUCUCUCUCACCCUUAGUCUGUCAAAGCACACUCACUAAGUGCAACGGUAUACCUUCCCUACUAUCACUCUCCUCCUCUUCCUCCUCCACCCCAACAUAUUAUCUACCUUUUUUCUGUGUUAAAAAAAAAAAAUCAAACAAGACAAAAUAAUGUCCUUUUUGUUUCUUGUUGACUUGAAAGCUUCUUUUUUUAUACAAAGAGUAGAUUGGGAUUUUUAUUUUCCAAUAUCUGAAUGUUGGAAGUAUUGUAUUAGAGGGAAAAAAAAAAAAAAACACAGAAUAUUAUAAAUAUCAUACGCAUUGUCCUCCAGCUAUACAGUAUGUAUUCUCAGUUUCUUAGU